AUUCAUAAUGGGUUAUCUGUGGCAUGAACUUUACUCCUUCAGUCUUGUCUUUUAUUUUGACAGCAGAGGCAGAGGUAUACGGUAUACCAACAAAAAAGUUAGUGCUGAAACUGAAACAGAACACUUAAACGUUCUAUAACGGCAUGUUUUGGAUUUGUUUUAUAUUUAUAUUUAUAAAUAAUAUAAAUGAUUCGUUGUUCUUUCACAACUAUAAUUUUGUUUUAUUUGAUUUAAUAAAUUAUUAUUUGAAUUAAUAAAUUAUCUACCAUAGGCCUAAAUUUCAUCAACAAGUACAACCAUCGCCAUCACCUUGGUCGCCUUGGAAAGUUAGUGAAAAUAUUGUCACUUGUGAAAACAACAUCAUCAUGCAACUGUUCAACCGGGUUGCAUUUGUCACAGGUGCAGCGCAAGGACUUGGUAAAGCCUUUUCAGAGGCACUCUUAAAUCGUGGUGCUAAGGUCGAGUAUCCAACUUUAAUAUAAAAUUACUAUCUGCAAAAUUUAAUUUAAAUUGCAAAUAAAUGGAAAUAGUUAUUCUAAUAAUUCUAAGUCUAAGUUAUUUCUUUUGCUACAAUUUAUUUUUAAAUGAUAUAAAUAUAAAAUAUAGGCAUAGGCCGGCCUAAAACAUCCUCUGCCAUAGUAAGAGUAUACCAAAUAUUCCUAAAAAUAGAUUCAUAUCAGCAGGUUACACUUAUAUUAUUAACCCUCUUGGGACGUAAGGGCCGAUCUAUCGGCCCAAGGUGGAGUAGCGAGAUAGACAAAAGUCCGAACCAUCGGCCCGAUAAAGCUAGCCUCGUUAUUGGCUGGCUUAACUUUGUACCAGCAAAUCAAAUUUUUUCUUACGUAUUCCUGCACAUCCCGGCAUUGUAAUGGCGGCGUUCGUUGAUGGUGAACUAGAUUUAUUUGUGUGCAGGAAUUUUUUUUUCUGUUUAUAGUUAUAUCGGGAAAUUCGAACAUGUCUGACAGUGACUCUGAUCAAACUGUGCUUAGUGAUUCUGAUUUCUCGCUGUCUAACAGUGAGUCUGACACUGAUGAAAACAACCAAAAAAGUAACGAAGACAAUCAAAAUUAUUAUGUUUACAAUAAUGUUGUGAAUCCUUGGUUAAGGAUUAGGGGUUCUGUACUUGAUAGAGAUGACCCCUGUGAAUUUUUAGAAAAAAUAGAGCCUAUAAAUAUGCCUCAGGGGAUAAGCACCCCCAGUUGCACCCCAAUUUUUACCGAUUUUUAGGGUCAACAAAAUAAUAUUUUACAAUAUUUUCUAAUAAAUUUUAAUAAUUAAUUUAACUUAAUUAAAAUUUUUUUCAAAAUGUUUUUGAAACCAAAUCUUUUGAAACCCAGAAAUACUCAAAAAUAAAUAAUUUUCGCUGAUUCGUCACUAGCACCAUCUUUUAACAUUAGACCACAGUUGUUUUACAGCACAAUUAUUUUACAGCAAAUGUCUUUUAGAUGGUGUCUGUGAUUUCACUUGUAUCUGCUAUAGAGACCGACCGAAUUUCGGCUUCGGUUUUGGCGCCGAAAGUGGCCAUUUUAUCACUUUCGGACAAGUUUCGGUUUCGGCCGAAACUGAAAAGUUGACUUUCUGUUUAAUUUCGGUUUCGGCCGAAAGAGAAAAGUUAACUUUCGGUUUUUCUUAGGUUUUGGCCGAAAUUGACUUAGUCUUUUGGCCAUUCGGCCGAAAGUGACUCAGGAAUUCGGUCAUUUAAUACUCAGCGAGAGCGAUAUUUAACAACAAACUAAGCGACAUUUAACAGCAAAUUAAGCGAUCUUUGAGAAUAAACUAAACAAUAUUUAACAACAAACUAAGCGACAUUUAAGAACAAACUAAACGAUCUUUAAAACAAAUUAAGUGAUCUUUAAGAACAAUCUAAACGAUCUUUAAUAACAAAAUAAACGAUCUUAAAGAACAAACUAAACGAUUUUUAAGACCGAACUAAAUGAUCUAUAAGAACAAAACAAAUGAUCUUUAAUAGUAAACUAAAUGAUUUAUACGAACAAACUAAACAAUCUUUAACAGAAAGCUAAAUGUUUUUUAGGAAUAAACAAAAAGAUCUUUAAGAACAAACUAAUCGAUCUUAAGGAACAAAAUCAAUUAUCUUUAAGAACAUACUAAGCGAUCUCUAUGAAAAAACUAAGCGAUCUUUAACAACCAUCUAAGUGAUCUUUAAGAACAAACUAAAAGAUCUUUAAGAAAAAAUUAAAGCGAUCAUUAAGAAAAGUUGGAUGAUCUUUAACAACAAACUAAGCGAUUUUUAAGAACAAACUAAACGAUCUUUAACAACAAACUAUGCAAUCUUUAACAACAAACUAAACGAUCUUAACAACAAACUAAACGAUCUUUAAAAAAAAAACUAAACGAUCUUUAACAACAAACUAUAUGAUCUUUAACAACCAACUAAACGAUCUUUAAAAACAAAUUAAGCGAUCUUUUAGAACCACAAUUUUUAGAGACCCGGUUUAAAAAAAUAAUAUUUUGCAUUAAUUCCCACCCCCCUACCAAUUUUUGCCAAAUUUUCUCUCUCCUACCAUACUAAUUUUAAAAAAUUUGUAAAGCAAUUGAAAUUACUUUUAUAUUAAAAUUGUAAAAUCAAUAGUAUUCAUUAGAUCAAAGGUCUCAAACUCAAAUCAUGGGGGGGGCGCAUCAAGUAAUCCACAAAAAAGCGAUUACAACUGUUACAAUCUGCUCAACCUUGAAAAAUAACAAUGAAAUCAUUAAGGGUUUCUCAAAAAAUAGGAUUCACUUUCAUCCACCUACUCACUGUUGCAUACAAAAAUAUAUAGAAACAUUACCAAAAAAAUCAGAAUUAGACUAGUCGGUGAGAUUCGACUGAAACCGUCGCUGAGAGUCAGGUUAUAGAUAUGAGAAUGGGGGAAACGGGCCGGUGCAUUUACACUAAACUUUUCUGUCAUGUAGCGGGCCGCAAAAUAUCGUCUUGCGGUUCACAAAUGGCUCGCGGGCCGCGAGUUUGAGAACCCUAUAUUAGAUGUUUAUUUAUUAAUAGUCACGAUUAUCUCAUUUUUUAUAAAAAGAAUGUAAAUAUUUAUACUUUCCCACAUCAUUUUCGAUGUAUGCAGAAUGUAUGCGGGAACGAAUUUCAAAAUAUCUUAAUAUUCGGCUUCGGUUUCGGCCAAAAUUCAUUUUUAACUUUCUGCCUUUUUUCGGUUUCGGCCGAAAGUCAUUUUAAAAUUUCUGCCUAAUUUCGGCUUCGGCCAAAAUCAGAAAAUCACUUUCGGUCGGUCUCUAAUCUGCUACCUUUGCCUUCUGGAUGAUCUACUUGAGGAAGUUAAUCUUACACAGCAGUAUCUGCAGACUAAAGGCUUUACUCUGGACAAAAUGGUGACCAACCUAGAGGCCUUAAGAUUGUUUCUGCAGGAGAAGCGCUUUCACUUUGUGGAACAUGCUAUUAAAAAUGUACUUUUAAAAUCAGACCGUUAUGGAAUUUUGUUAGAAAGAACACACAGAGAAUGAAAGGAAAACAGUUAAGAGAUAUUGGACUCUUUCUGCAAGAAGCAAAGAGAAGAGAGAGGUGUGUGUGCAUUGCUCGCUUUCAUUCUGAACUCCAGAUCAGUGAUCAAGGAAGUAGCAGAUAUGUUUUGGGCUGUUCAUCAGUCUACUAUCAGCAAGUGAAGAAGAGUUAUUGGAGUCUGUUAAAAAAUUAACCUCUUUUUAUGAUAAGUUAUAGGAGGAUGAACUUUUAAAAGAAAUACCCGGUACCGCAUCUAUGUUUAGAAGACAAUAAAGGGAGCUGAUAUUGAAUUUCACAAAUUCAAGGACUGUUCAGUAUUUGAUGUUUUGAAAUUCAUAGCUGAAUGGGACUUCCUAGAAUCUCUUCCAAUACUCUUACUAAGCCUUCAAUUGUCUUACCAUCUGUGUGUCUGUGGCUUCAUAGGAGUGGAGCUUUUCAAAACUAAGGCUUAUCAAGACUUAUUUACAAUAGCCAAGGCUUUCUGACCAGGCUCUACUAUAAGUUGAAAGUGAUACGGAGAAGGAUAUUGAAUUUGAUCAAGUGCUUGACAAAUUUGCAGCUUUCCAGGAAAGGAAAAUUUUGAAUAACGUAAAUUUAAUGUAAACUUAACGUUCUUACCUCUUCUUCUUCUAUAUUUUGAGGGCCUGCGAUCAAUGUAUUGAUCAUUAUGGCUCCUCUAAAUUUUAAAUACAGUUCUUAAAUAUAUUUACUUCCUGACCUUUAAUUAAUUUGUUCUUGUUAUACUUUGGACUUAUUUUAACAAUAACAAAUCCAUCUUGGAAGUCAGGGUAGGGUAUAUUGCUCCACAGGGACAUAUAGUUUGAUCUAAAAGCUUAUUGAAAUGUUAGUUUAGUUCUAUUGAUUUCUACUUCUAUACUUACCUGGGAAUUUUCUCUAUAUUGCUUGGUUACCGGUAUAUUUUGUAAAGUUAAAUUAAAUUUUUUUUUAUAUUUUGGUAAUCAUUUUAAGAUUGUAUAAAUGAUAAAUGUCCUAAUUAUUUUUAUUAUGUUUCCACAACUUUCACUUUCAAUGAGUUUCCUUAAAUGUUAUGGAAAAAGAAUUAAAGUUAAAGAUAAUUUUGAAAGUUUCUAGAAAGUUCCUAAUUAAUUGUUCAUCAUUAUGGCGUAAGCUAUAAACAUAAAUUUACUGCCAUGAUUACGGUAUACACUUCUAUGUGUAUUGAUGGAUCUUGGCCAAAGUUGGUAAACAUACCUGUCAUAAUCCCACUGGGAACCAAGAUCCCACCAGGAAUGUGAUCCCACAGAGAAACAGCAUCAUAACAGGGAAUGGGAUCAAAAUAAGAUAAUGUGAUUCCAUCCGGUAACAGUACCAGUAUCAAAACAGAGAAUAGAUCCCAUCCAGAGAAUGGGAUCUCACGGGAAUAGAAUUCCACCGAGUAACGGGAUCCCACCGAGAAAGUGGAUACAUGGAGAAUGGAAUCUCAACGGGUAAAGGAUUCCAUUGUAAAUUGGGAUCCCAUUUGGGAAACAGAACCCAUCGGGAUCACAUCAGGAUAUGUGAUUACAUUUAGAAAUGGGAUUCCAAUGGAAAAGGGAUCACACAGGGCUUGGGAUGCCACCCAAGAUCGUGAUGCCACCGGGAUCAGGAUCUCACCGGGAACGGAAACCCAUCAGGUUAUGUAAACCCAUUUCAAAAUGGGGUCCCAAUUGGUUUGAAAUCUCACAGUGAUAGAUAUCCCAUGGGUAUUUAAUCGUGAUUGGGGUCCCACUGGGAUUUACCUGGGAUCCCAUCAAAAACGAGUUUCCAUAAGAAUCAGGAUUAAAUUGCAAUUGAAAUACCAUUGGGGUCGAGAACCCAUCGGCACGAGGAUCCCGCCAAUAUCUGGAUUUAAUAUGGAUCCCAUAAGGUUCUUGAUCUGGCUCCCAUACUAGAGAAUGGGAUUCCAACAGGAAAGGUAUCUUACUGAGGAUUGAGAUCUGAACAGAAAUAGUAUCCCUUUCCGAUCGUAAUUUAAAAAUGUGUAAUUUAGAGGAGAAAAUUUAACAUUUUAAAUUUUCUCUUAGCGAUGUAUUUUAAAGGGAACCUUAAUUUUGAUGUUAGCUAAAACUAAAAGUAAAAGGCUGUAGAAGUUGUUUUUUCCAAAUGCCAUCCCGGGUAUAUUGGCUAGUAUAUUUAUUAUAUAUAUACCGGUUUAUAUAUUUGGAUAUAAAAUUCUACAUUUUACUUAUUAUUAGAAAGGUAUUGUUUCUUAAUUUGUAAAUUUUAACAAUUUAUUUUAGGUAUGCUUUACAGACAUACAAGUAAGCAAAGGAAAAGAGGUGGAAAAAACAUAUUCUGACAAAUAUGGCCAAGAUAGAGUCCUAUUUUUACACUGUGAUGUAUCAUCUUCAGCAAGUCUUGCAAGUAAGAUUGAUGAAAACACAAAAAGGUGUAAUUUUAAGUAUACUUUUAUGAAAUUAACAUAAAUUUAAACAUUUCUAUAUAACUGAUUAUUUUAGUUAUUUUACUUUAUUAUAAAUCAGUUGAGAGUAGUAAAGCUAACCUUUGCUUUUAGUCUUAGUUUAUUAAUGGUCAUCAUUCAUCAUGAGGGAAGAGGUAUAUACUAAUACUAUAAACAGCUUGAACUUGAAUAACUGUUUGUGGUAGGCCCUACUUUUAAAUAGAUGAUUGGGAACUAUUUCAGAUACAAUUUUGCCAAUACGGUACCAGAAUGACAAAGAAUUUUGUAAUUUAACUUUAAUAUAAAAAUAUAAAUAGCUUUCUUAAAUUCUCUAUGACUCUAUGUGGUGAAACUUUUAAUUGGUAGGCGUAUAGCCUACUUUAACCAGAUUUAAUAUUAGGAGUACGUUUCAGUAUUUGUAGUUAACUUUCCUAAAAUAAUACCAUACUACUACUACCCGGUACCGGUAAUAGUAAUAAUUUAUGAGUAAUAUUAAUAUUACUCAUAAAUUAUUUUAAACGUGACAAAGGUGGUGGAUGCAACAUUUCCCCAUACCGGUACUAUAAAUACUAUAACUAUAAUGUGCAUCAAAGGUAUUUUAAAAACAAUUUCUUAAUAUUGCUAUACUGUACCGGUACUGUUUCAGGUUAUUAUUUUUUUUUUUAAAUAUUAUUAUUUAGCAUUAGUUCGUAGCCUAUAUUAAUCCUAAGUCACUGACAAUCCAAAAAUCCAAGAUAAUUUUCUCUCCACGUCCAAGCCCUGAUUUCAAUUAUUUCAAACAAUGAUCCAAUUUGGAAUUUAGUAGGCCUACAACUACAACGACAAGUAUACUGCGUUACAUAUAAUCGGAUCAUUCAUUAUCUAGUUUGAAUAUACCAGUAUAUUAUAUAAUUAUAAUUAAUAAUAAUAAUAUAUUAAAGAUUACUCAGACUUUACAAAGUUUUGUUAGCUUCAGUUCCCCUUAAUAUUUUGACUUGUUAUUUAAAUUUCUUGGAACGCAAUUCCAUCAUUUUUUUUCAGACUCAUUCAAAGAUGCAGUAUCCAAAUUUGGUCAUAUUGAUCUGAUGGUAAAUAACGCUGGCAUUGCAGAUGAGUCAAGGCUAAGGGAUAUGGUCAAUAUUAACCUAGUAAGUAACUGGUACAAAAAUUAACUGGUUUUAUCUGAAUCUGAACAUUUGAUUGUCUGGACUUGUACUGUUGUUCUUUGUCCCUGUCACACAAUGUAUGGCAACAAGAGGAAGAAAUCAUCAUCAACACAAAAAUUAGUGAACACUUAUUAACAGAUAGCAUUUUACAAAAAUACAAUUUUUUUUCCAUCUUCAGAUCACUUCAGAACCAGUUUAAUUUUAUAGAUUGAAUAAUCAGAAGUACCCAGUACCAGUGGUCACAAAAUCUUAAAUAUCAUCAAUUCUUUUCCACUACACAUACGCAAUAUACCAACCACCCAGGCCUUCAAAACUGCACUCAAAACAUAUCUUUUUAAAUAUACUUCCCUGACUGGUUCCCCUCCUCUGACCGAUAAACGAUCUUGCUGACUGCCGUCCAUGGUUUGCCUUGCAAAAGUUAUGUGGUGGGGUGGGUGAAUAUACAUUGCUGUUCUUUAUUUCAUAAAUUGUAUUCUAUUUUAAUAUCAUGAUUAUGUGUCUUUUGAUAAAAUUUUUAUGUACAGCGCACUAUAUAAGAACUCUUAUUAUUAUUAUUAUGAUUAAUAGGUGCUGGUGCUCCUUAACUGUGCAAUGCAUCCUGUUCAUUAUGCCUGUGUUGCUUUGUGAGAGCACACAAUCAUGUGAAAAAGCUUUAUAAUUCAAGUCAAUAAAAGCUAGAUGCUGAUCAUUUGUUUUACAGCAAGUUGGAUGAUUGGAAAACUGGGGAUACAGUACAGGGAUUUAAAAAGAGUCUGUAUGUAAUUUUAUAUUGAGGCUUACACUGUACACUUUUACUACAGACAUACAAAUUCAAGAUAAUGCUCCAGGAAAGUGUGUACCAGUACUUUUAAAAUUAGUCAAGCAUCAUUGAAUAAUAAUAAAAUUAAGUGAAAAUGUGAAGUGCUAGAUGAUAGGUGAUGGAAAAUGAGCGAAGUAAAGCAUGAAUCCUGCCCAGAUAACAUGAUUCAGGGAUGACUUCCAGAUGAAUGUAAAAUCCAUCUGCUAUCAAAAUGAAGGAAUACAUGGUGUGCAGGUUCUUGAUCUGGGUGGGGAAAAGCCACAGAGGCUUAGAAAACCAUGAUGAACACAUCAAAAAUCCUACCAGUGUACUAGUACUAGAUAUGGUUAACGACCCUGUGAAGGGCAGAGAAAUUUGCAGUUCCCCUUCCACAAAAAAGCAGUAGGUCGAAACUGAAUCUCUUCCAUAUUAAGAUGAAAGCCCCUUUUCCGAGCUUGAUCAUCACCAAGGCUGGCUUAGAAAGUUAGCUUCCGGUUACCGGUAAUGGGGGGAAAAAAAAUUAAAUAUCCCCCAAGUUAAAAUCGGCGGGAUAUCAAAUAAAAAAAGUAGAAAUCUGACAUACAAAACUAAUACAUAUAGCCCUAUACAUAUUGACCAGGAAAAAUGACAAUACAGCACAGAAAAUAGCAGGGCAUAAUAGAUUUGCUAGUGCCAGGAAUGUAGGAUAUUAUCCCCUUCAUAAGCAAUGACAUCCAAGGAGAGGUUGAGUGAGGCAACCCCCAUCAAAUCAUGCCAACAGUAGCUAAAAACCAAAUAUUAAAAAUAGUUUUUAAACACAUCUAAACACAACCCCACAAAUGGCUACAACUUUAUCCGCCUCAAGAGCACACAAUACUGGGUACUGCAAGACCCUGGUUGCUAAACUGACAAAUUCAUUACCCUACAAACCUAUACCCGGUAAAUUAAUACAGAUACAGAACAAGCACCUACUCUUCACCAAAGACAAGAGGUAAUUUUGUUUUGUACCGGUACCACUAGUCUAUAUUAAAAUUGAUGAUAAGCAAGAAAAUAUAAAUAUAAAGAUGUCAGUAAAUAUUUUGGUACCGGUAGUCAGGUGGGUUAGCCAGAAGCAAAAGAUGGAUGAUGAAAAUAAAAAAGGGUGGUUUAAAUAAAGGCUGUGACUAUUCACACCCAGGUACCAGAAGUGAGAGGUUGGGAUUAAAAAACUAUUUAAAAUAUUAAUAAUAUUAUUGUUGGGUUUGUAAGACAAAAUGAGGUAUUAAUUGAAUGGUGAAUGGGCUAUGUUUGUAAACCUACUUCUUCAGUUUAAGUUUAAUUAAAUAAACUACCGGUACCACAAAUGACAUCCGAAUAGCAUCGAGUGUAAUAGUACCCGGGUGCGAAUGGCGGCGCUGCAUGUCUGGGUCCAUUUAAGUUUUUUUAUUAAAUUUUAAUCCCAUUCUCUCACUUCUGGUACCAAACCCGGGUACGAAUAGCCACUCCGUUAAAUAAAGCUUCUUCUAACUUCUCUAGUAACUUCUUAAUCUUAUCUACCUUGAACAACUUUUCUUUUUUCAACAUACCAUAUUGUAUUAAAAAUUGGUUUUUAAAUUUCUAUUUAAAUUUUUUAAAUGCUAGAUAGGUGCUAUAGAGGGUUCCAUGCUUGCUGUGGAACACAUGAGGAAAGAUAAAGGUGGAAAAGGAGGAGUUGUUAUCAACAUUGCAUCAACAGCAGGUGUACCCUUAUGUAUUUUGGAACAUGAAUUUGAUGAAUACAAUUAAUUAAUUAAUUAAUCAGCUUUUUAACUGAAAUUAAUUUGUGACAUUAAAAAAUUGAAAGUUUGUUUUUGAAAGUUUAUAAAUUGCAGUUUUGGGAAAAAAAUAUAUUACCUGGUAUUAAUAGUAGUAUAUUAUUAGAAAUUCAUGCUCAAUGUUUCAGAAUUAUAUUUAACAAUUAUAAAACAUGUUAACUUCUUUAAAACUUAUUAGGACUCACUGGUGUUUAUUUUGUACCUUCCUACUGUGCCUCCAAAUUUGGAUUAGUUGGAUUUCAUCUCAGUUGGGCUGUAAGUUUUACAGUCAUGAAUCAUGAAAUUAACUUUGUACCUUAAUCACAAACCACUGACAUAGUUAUUUAUAAAUAAGUUAUAUGUACCGGUUACAGAAAUAUGAAUUGACGAAAAAUUUGCAAGAAUUCAUAUACCGGGUGUGUACUAUUUUAUUUUCACAGAGCAAUCCUUAUAAUAGUCAGAUGGGUCUUCAGUUUGGGUGUCUCUGUCCUGCUUUCACCGAUACCGAUAUCCUUAAUCAAAAAGAAAAGCAAAUGCUGUAUUUUGAGGAUGGACAAAGGAUAACUAAACAUUUGGGAAUUAACAGGUGAAGUUAUCAAUUAUCAAGUAAAUAUGUUUUCGAAGACUUGCUGUUGUAGGUACCAGUACUUGUUCUAGUAUUUCAAGUAAUUGAAGCUUUUUAUUAUUUGCUAUUUACAUUAUUACAAUUACAGGGUAGAAAAAGUUGUACAAGGUUUUCUACAAAUGGUUGAAUCAGAGAACUGCAAUGGAGACAUAAUUACAAUCACAGCAAAAGAAGACAUCCAAUACAGCAGAAGAGCAAGCAGUAAAAUGAGCCAUUUAUGAUUAAAAUCAUGAUUAUGCAAGUUGCAGUAGCUUUAUGUGGGAGGUGAAGUAGUUGGGACAAAAUUGUGAAUAAAAUAUAUAUUAUUAUCUUUAAGAUUUAAAAUAUUGUUCACGUUUAAAUUAGAGGUGUAUGUGAUAAAGUAACAAAAUUGUGUAUGUGAGAGCAAUAAAGCUGAAGCUACUUAUAUGUACAUAUGGUUCCAGCUCCAAAUAAGUUAAAUUGACUUUCUGCACUGCUUUUGCUUGAAGUCAAUUGGAACUCUGGUUAUAAAACACUCUGGUUAUAAAACAAGUGUAAAAAAAUACCGGUAUUUGGUUUCAAUGGACUAGGUUGUAAGACUAGACUUGACAAUAAAUUAAGAGAUGAAAUAAAGAGCAGUCCUUCAAUGAAUUGUUAUUUAUUGAAAUAUGUACAAUACAAUAUGAAAAUUUGAGACAAAAACAGUUUACAAAUGAUGUGAAAACACAAAAGUUGUACAUCUGAAUCAUUCUAUGGUAUUACAAUGCUCUUGUGAAAGCUGCCUCAACAAAUAAAGGGACAGCAAAG